ACCGCUGCGCCUGCCCAGCUUACAUAAACCACGCCGGCCGGGUUUAUGAUCCAGCCUCUGCACACGCUUCUUCUCUCGCUCUCUUCUCUUCUCACCGAUCGAUCAUCGCUAGCACUCCGCAGCAGGAAGGGGAGAUCAUGGAGAGCGGCGGGAGGAGGAAGGAGGAGGAGACGCCGGCGCCGGCGGCGAAGGCGCAGAGGGGAGCGGCGUCGCUGGGCGUGUCGGUGCAGGAAGGGCUGCAGCACGCCAAGGCCACCGUGCAGGGCCUGGUGCAGAAGGCGACGGCGCGGAGCGAGGAGGAGGCGGCGCAGGCGGACAUGCGCGCGGCCAAGGCGCAGGUGGAGGCCACCGACGAGGCCGAGGCCAAGAAGAAGCAACUCACCACCGGCUGACGUCACACUUCACCGCCGAUGGUGUUAGAUCCUGGGGUCUGUUCCCCACACUUGUCAGCUUCGUUACGUCUUACUACUGAUUUGUAACGUAAUCACCCAGCAAGCUGCUGCUGGCUUUGUGAUUCUCGUCACCAACUGAAAAACUGUGUAUCGUUACCUUUGCGAAACUAGUUAUUUGAGCCUUUCAUUUGCUUCGCUUGGAGAGCUUAAUAGGCUUCGAGGUCGGUCGUUCCUCUGAAGCUGCUGCAUGAUGUCUGCUCUGCUAGUACACUCUGCUGUGCUAGCUGCAAUGACUUCAGAUGUAAGAUCCAGAGAAAAUUUAACCGAAAACUGCAUCUGACGUGUUUAAAA